GCCAGCUUGGACAGGGAGCUUCAUCUAGAUCCUCUCCUCUCUGGGGUGCCUGUGGAGAGGUCCCAGGGGCCUGGGAACAUGGAAGAGACUGAGAGAGCAGGCCGUAGGCACAUGACCCCAAACCUCCACGACCAGUCUCCUGCAGCCUCAGAACUGAUCCCCAUUCUGCAUCACAGUUCAGUGGCCAGUCGCGUGACCUUGAGUGUCCCCUGGGGCUCAGAUGAUGCGGGAGAUAUGUCCUCAGGCCAAAGCUCCAUGAAUCUGAAGGAUUGUCCCAGAAACCCUACAGGACUGGGUUGACCAGAAGUCUGCCUUUGAGUAAUGUGGUCCCUAUGGUCUAUUGGUGGCCAUCUGUGGCCGGUAGGUUGACCCCAUGCCUAUCCCAGCCUACAGUAGCCAGUAAGGUCUCCCCAGACCCAGACCAGCUCUCUAUGGCCAGUAGAGUGAUCGCCAGCCUAUCUGAGCCAUCUGUGGCCAGUAAGAUGACUCCCACCCUAAGCCAGACAUCCAGGACCAAUAGGGUGGCCCCUAGCCUAGCUCAGCCAUUGGUGACUGAUGGGGUGGUCCCCAGCUUUGCACAGCCAUUAAUGGCCUGUAGGGUGGCUCUCAGCCUAGCCCAGCCAUCCAUGGCCGGUGUGGUGGCCCCCAGCUUAGCCCAACCACCUGUGACUGGUGGGGUGGCCCUGGGCCUAACCCGGCCAUCUAUGACCACUGGGGUGGCCCCCAGCCUUGCCCAGCCACCUGUGAACAGUGGGGUGGCCCCUAGCUUAGCCCAGCUGCCUGUGACUUGUGGGGGGACCCCCAGCCUACCUCAGCCACGUGUGACCAGUGGGGUGACCGCCAGCCUUGCCCAGACACCUGUGACCAGUGGGGUGGCCCUGAGCCUAGCCCAGCCAUCUAUGACCACCAGGGUGGCACCCGGCAUUGCGCAGCCACCUGUGAUCAGUGGGGUGGCCCCCAGCUUAGCCCAGCUGCCUGUGACUUGUGGCAGGGCCCCUAGCCCAAGCCAGCCACCUAUGACUGAUGGGAUGACCCCCAGCCUAGGCCAGACAUGUAGGGUUGGUGGGGUGGCCCCCAGUCUAGCCCAGUCACCUAUGACCAUUGGGGUGGCCCCUAGCCUAGGCCAGCCAUCUUUGACCAUUGGAGUAAACCCCUGCCUAGCCCAGCCAUCCUUCGCCAGUGGGAUGGCUCCUAGCUUAGGCCAACCUCCUGUGGCUUCUGUGGUGGCCCCCAGCCUAGGCCAGCCAUCUAUGGCUGGUGUGGUGUUCUCCAGCCUGGCCCAGCCAUCUGUGGCAAGUAGGGGGAUGCCCAGCCUGGCCCAGCCAUCUGUGAUUAGUGGCAUGGGUUGUGCACUCUGUCAGCCAAGUUGGGCCCGUAGCGUGGGUUCAAGUCUACUCUCAUCAAGGGUGAAUGCAGUGGCUCCCAGUCAGCGUCAUUCAUCUUUUGCCAUUGAAGUCACCUCGUGUGCACCGUAUCCAUCAGUGGCUAACAGCAUGGGCCGGGGUCUGAGCCAGCCAACUGUGUCUACUAGGGUGGACCCAUGUCAAGAUCCUCUGAUGGUUAGUGGGGUGACCCCAAAUCCCCAGGCCCCUGAGUUCAGCAAGGUGGCCCUUGGGUUUCAUCAGCCAUCCAGUAUUAGUGGGAGGCACCCAAGCAUAACUGAACAGUCUGCUGUCACUGUUUCAGCUCCAAGUCUCUACCAGGCAUCUGUGGCCAGUGGAGAGGACUCUUGUCUGGGCCAGGGAACUAGUAUAUCUCAGGGGAUUCUGUUCAGGGGCAUGGCUACAAGCAUGUCCCAGGGCACCAUGGCUGCUGGCAUGCUUCCAAACGUGCCUCCGGGGACCUUGGCUGCUGGUAUGUUCCUAAGUAUGUCUCGGGUACCUGUAUCCCCUGGCAUGUCAGGGAGUAUGGGGUGGAGAAGUGUGGUGACUGGUAUGGGCCCAAGCCAAUCUCAAGUGACCGGGGGCAUGGCCCCCAUUACAUCCCUGGGCCUCUGUGGCUGGUGCCCCCUUGAUUCAUGAACCAGCCUCAGAGGCGGGACCUGGCUUCUCUCCAGCUUCAGUGCCCGGUGGAUUGGAUGUGAGUUCAUCCAAGUUUUCCCUCACCAAUGUGGGCCCUGGCAUAUCUCAGGUCAAUGUCGAUCUCCCAAUAUCUUUGGACCAACAGUAUCCUUCUGUGUUCACAAUCUCCAAAUCCAGUUACCAACAAGCAGAUGCUGUCAGCCAGGAGCCUGGGAUGGGCAUGGCCAGUGGUGUGGUGCCAGGUUCUGUAGCCAGUAGGAUGACCACAGCUGUGGCCCCAGGUACUAGGGCCGGUGGUAUGACCCCUAGUCUUUCCCCAGGGUCCAUGAUCAGGGGUGUGGGCCAGAGCCUUCCUCAAGGGUCCAUGAUGAGUUGUGUGGCCCCAGCCUUCCACCAGGUUAUAUGGUCAGUGGUGUGGUUCAGACCCUUCCCCCAGGGUUCGUGAUCAGUGGCAUGGGCCAGGGCCUUUCCCCAGGGUCCAUAAUCAAUGGCAUGGGCCAGGGCCUUUCCCCAGGGUCCGUGAUCAGUGGCAUGGGCCAGGGCCUUUCCCCAGGGUCCGUGAUCAGUGGCACGGGCCAGGGCCUUUCCCCAGGGUCCGUGAUCAGUGGCACGGGCCAGGGCCUUUCCCCAGGGUCCGUGAUCAGUGGCAUGGGCCAGGGCCUUUCCCCAGGGUCUGUGAUCAGUGGCAUGAGUCAGGGCCUUCCUCCAGGUUCUGGGGCCAGUGGCAUGACCAGAACCCUGCCUCUGAGUUCUGUCACAACUGCAGUGUCCCCCAGCCUGAAUGCAGCAUCCGGUGCUGGUGGGAAGAGGCAAGGUCUCUCUGUAAGACCCUCAGCUAGUCUAACUGCUCCAAGCCUGCUCCUAGGUUCAGCGGCAAGUGGGGUGGGCUCAAGUAUCCCUCCUUGUUCUGUGGCCUCUAGUGUGGACCCAGCAUCUAUGGCUGGGGGACUGGAUCAGAACCUAGUUCUGGAGUCCAUGGCUAGUACAGCUGGUCCACCCUCCACAGUUGGAGGCGUGGCCCAGAGCCUGCCCCAAGGGUCCAUGCUGAUUGGGAUCUCUCCUCGUCAAAUAUCACGGAGCCCUGGCGGGAGAAGCGUCCACAGCCUCCUUCCAGGCAUCCCGUACCCCUGGCCUGGCUCAAGCUCAUCUCCAGGAAGCUAAUGGCACAGCCAAGGGAGUGUACCAAGUGCCUACGGCUCUGCAAAGAGCCUCACAGUUGAGCCAAGCUCUUGGGAUGAUGCCGUUUGAGACCACAGGCCACCAGACUGUGAUAAAGCCAGAGGACCUGGACAAGACUUUGCCCCAGGGGUCCAUAUCCAACUGGGAGUCCGAGGUCCUUGAGGCAACCCCGUGGAUGUCCCCUAGUCCCCUGGCAACUGACAUCGACCACAGUCAAGAGUCCCCUGCAGAGGACGAGACUCUUCCCAAAGACCAAAUGUCGCUCUUGGAGGAGGUGGCUCCCAGCUAAGCUAUGUCUAUGACCAGUGGCAUGGCCUCUGUCCCUCUACAGUCCCCGAGUUUUGCCAAGCACUCCAUGGCCCGUGGUGGCACCCCAACUCUGCAUCAGAGGUCAGCCAGCAAUUGGGGGGCCCCCAGUUCCCACCUUGUGGCUGCUGGUGGGGUCCCCGGUGCGCAGACAGGGUCUGUCAAGGGCACUUUGGCUCAUCAACAGACAUCAGUGUCUCACACUGUACCCCGGAGCCCCUCCAUGGUUUAUGUUGUGCCCCAGAGCCCCUCGGCUUAUCAAAAGGCUUUGGAGGCUCACAUUAUGCCCCAGAGCCCCUCGGUGGCUCACAUGUCCCGGAGCCAUUCCCAUGGGACGAUGGCUUCUACUGUCAUCUCAGGGUCACCCAAGCUGGCCCAUGGCAGUACUAUGGCAACCGGUUUACACCCAGGGUCUGUGGCUGGGAUGGGGACCCCCAAGCACUUCCCGGAAGUCAGGGGCCACCAGCGUGGCCUCCCAUGUGCCACUGCA